GCUGUCAGUAAAAUGUUUUCUUUGCUUUAUAUGCUUGUCGACCACUUGGAAAUACAGUUAACACUUGCGUUUAAUGGCAUUCCUCAACGACUGAUCUGGGCAAACUGACGUUCGUGACCCGCAGAUAUGUAUGAGGGUAUGAGAGACUGUAAUGCCCCGAACACCGUGAGCCUUAUAAACGCCCCCGGCUGUGCGGGCUCAAGACAAGGCAGUGUUGUGGAGCGACUGUCGAAAUAUGGGAUGCAGGUCAUGCCCAUGCCGGGUUCUUUCCAGCGUAGGACGAAGCUACAGAGGCAGCAAGAGGUCAGUGACAGCUGUGAAACUGUGAAGAAUGUCCCAGAAAGGACGUCGAUUACAACGGCAAUGCGGAGGAAAUACUUGAAAGAACUGAUCAAUAAAUCACACAGUGGAUUUAGCAGUGUUUUGUCCUCUCACACGGAUAGAGGGUCUUCACAGGAAGACCCCCAGGACGCAGACUGGGCUUUGUAUCCAAUGGAGCACGCCUGGAUGCUUUCUGCUGUGGAAGGAAGCUAUGGCACACUUAUGGAAUUUAUAUCAGAAGACCCCUACCUGCUGACCAGGAAAGACUUCAUCAGUGGUUACACUGUCCUGCAUUGGCUGGCCAAAAGUGGACAGGAUGAGACUUUGCUUAAACUGUUGAGUUAUGCUCAGACUUUGGACGUGAACGUUAACGUGAACGUUCGUGGUAGUGGAGGCCUCACUCCGCUGCAUCUUGCCAGCAUUCACGGCCGAUAUAUGGUCAUUAAACUCUUAGUUGGAGCAUUUGGCGCCAAUGUAGACGCUAUGGAUUACAACGGGAAAAGAGCCUGGCAAUAUCUGAAGGAAGACGCGCCACUGGAGAUGAAGGAGCUGCUCGGGACAUGGGAUGAAGACCACAGCAGCAAAUGUACCAACAAUGUGAACAGAAACAAUAACUGUGCAGACAUAGUUGAGCCUAAUAUUUUGGACCACGCCAAUUGUGAUGCACAGCAGGGUAGCAGCAUUGAAGCCACACAAAGGAGAAUUAGUUUAAGAUUUGGUUCAUUCAGGAAACUGCUUCAGCCUUUUACAUUAAUCCUAAGAAAUUCAGAUUAUUAAUUUUAUAAUACAAGGUACUUUUAAAAAUUAGCACAUAGACAUCGAUAAUUAAACAUCUAUUACCAAACAAGGUACAUUUUAAA